AUGAUCAUCAUCCCCAAGCAAACCGCCGAGAUGCCUACCCAACGAGUUCGUUUCAACGACGAGUGCAAUCAGAUCGUCGAAGUCCAGUCUGUUAUCACAGUGGAAGAAGGUAUUGUCGAAAAGCUGUGGUACCAGCCAUGGGAGCACAAGGAGAACAAGCGGGCAAUUAAACGCGAUGCUCGACAAUGGCGCAAGAGCGGCUUGGGUAUCUUGCUGCGAGAUACCUUUGGCAACCCCAACCCUCAACACACACAAACGUGCCUGGACGCGUUUGUACAACUGGCAGAUGCCGACUAUGUACGAGGCAUUGAACGACACUUGUCCCAACAACACGACGAAAUGCGAGUAGAGCGCAAACGAUUCUUUGUGCAAGAUGUCGUCGAGCAAGCACGAUACCUCCAAGCGCAUCCCAAUCUGACGGAAGAUGAAAAGCUGACCAAGUUGGCCGAAUUCUCCACCCUCCAAUCCAAGUGUGCCGAAGUCUUUGCCCAUCGAAUUGGCAAGGCGGAUGAACGGGUUGUCCGGAAGGGUGAAGACCCCAAGGCCGCUUCCAAACUCGUCUCAAAGCUCUUUCGCAACGAGUUUCGACGAUCGCGCUCUCUUGAAGCGCAAUCAUCCGCAAAUGUCAUGCCCACACACGAGUCUAGACACAAGAGGAAUCUUACACCCAGAAGAAUCUCCGUUCCUCCUCUUUCUUCGGGUGGUAUGAUGAUGGGAAUCUAA